CCAGGCUCCCUGCUGAGCAGUCAACAGGACAAUGUGGGCCUGUUCCUCCUGGGCUCCCCAUUGCACCUAGUGAUACAACACAACGGCCUGCAGGGCAGUCCCCCUUUAGGGCCCAAGAUGUCCCCUGGGGCCUUCCGGGUGGUCCUGCUCACGCUGCUCCUGCUGGUCUGUCCCACGCAGCAGAAGCCGCUGCAGAGCUGGGGGCAGGCAUCCCCUGGGGGAAAUGCCCGCAGCUCCCUGGGAUUGUCUGGAAGCAGAGAGGAGGGCGUCUUUGACCUGAAGAUGUUUCUGGAGAACAUGAAAGUGGACUUCCUGCGCAGCCUUAACCUGAGUGGCAUUCCCUCUCAGGACAAAACCAGAGCGGAGCCACCCCAGUACAUGAUCGACUUGUACAACAGAUACACUACGGACAAGUCGUCCACGCCUGCCUCCAACAUCGUGCGGAGCUUCAGCGUGGAAGAUGCUAUAUCGACAGCUGCCACAGAGGACUUCCCCUUCCAGAAACACAUCCUGAUCUUCAACAUCUCCAUCCCUAGGCACGAGCAGAUCACCAGGGCUGAGCUCCGUCUCUAUGUCUCCUGUCAAAAUCACGUGGACUCCACUCACGGGCUGGAAGGAAACAUGGUCGUUUACGAUGUUCUGGAUGUUGAUGAGACUUGGGACAGUGCCUCGGGGACCAAGACCUUCUUGGUAUCCCAGGACAUUCAGGAUGAGGGCUGGGAGACCCUGGAAGUGUCGAGUGCCGUGAAGCGUUGGGUCAGGGCAGACUCCACGACCAACAAAAACAAGCUGGAGGUGACGGUGCAGAGACAUAGGGAGGGCUGUAGCACACUGGACAUCAGUGUCCCUCCGGGCUCCCAAAACCUGCCCUUCUUUGUCGUCUUCUCCAAUGACCGCAGCAAUGGGACCAAGGAGACCAGACUGGAGCUGAAGGAGAUGAUUGGCCACGAGCAGGAGACCGUGCUUGUGAAGACAUCCAAAAAUGCCUACCAGGAGGCUGGGGAGAGCCGUGAGGAGGAGGAGCGUAUAGAUGGGUACACAGCUGUGGGACCGCUUUUAGCUAGAAGGAAGAGGAGCACUGGUGCAGCCAGCAGCCACUGCCAGAAGACUUCUCUCAGGGUGAACUUUGAGGACAUCGGCUGGGACAGCUGGAUCAUCGCACCCAAGGAAUAUGAUGCCUACGAGUGUAAAGGAGGCUGCUUCUUCCCGCUGGCUGAUGACGUGACACCCACCAAACACGCCAUCGUGCAGACCCUGGUGCAUCUCAAGUUCCCCACGAAGGUGGGCAAAGCCUGCUGCGUCCCCACCAAACUGAGUCCUAUCUCCAUCCUCUACAAGGAUGACAUGGGCGUGCCAACCCUCAAGUACCACUACGAGGGGAUGAGUGUGGCCGAGUGUGGGUGCAGGUAGUCCCUGCGGCCACCCAGGGUGAGGGUACAGAACAGGGAAGAGGUCCUGAUAAGGUCCUGCAUCCUCCUGGGCACGACAUGCCUAUGUGGAUCUGAAGCCAUCCUAGAGAAGAAAAGGGACCAGUUGCCAUUCUGUGCCCAGUGGGUUCCUCUGCUGAAGUGACAAUGACUGGGGUAUAUGGGUCUGUGGGCAGAGCAGAAGACUUUGGAAGGUUUGGUAGGUAGAAAGUAGAUGACGAGAAGGGAACUGGCAGAAGAUGAUCUGGGGAUAGCAGAAAACCAGACAGAAACUAGCAGAAGAUACAGGUGAUGUGCAGAGAGUCAAGGGAGUCACAGGGUCCAGGAAGCUGAGACUCAUUCCAGCAAUCUCUGGGGUGAAGGAAAGGGGGACUCCAGUUGUCGUUUCACCCCACUGAGAUGUGUGUCGUGACCUCUGACUGUCAAUUAUAGAAACCAAAAUUCAGCAAGCCAAUGGCUGUGACUCAGAGGUAGGAUUGGACUCCGAGUCUGUGGGUUCCCAAAGUCCGAGACCUUCCCAAGUGCCACCUGCUAUUUAGCAGAUCAGUGUGUGUUGAUGGAAUCAUUAGAUAUUGAAGGCCUAGCAUGAGGCCAGGCAGGGCUAAGCCAGGUCCACAUCCACCACUAUGCAUAGGCUGCUUGCUGUGCUCCAACACGAUCUCCUUGCUCCAUGCCUGUGCUCACUCUGUGGCCACGUGAUUUCUGAUAAAACCCCUCCCUUGAAGAAAUAUCCCCAAGCAGAAAUAGUCCCCCCAAACAACCACAGAACAGAGAGAGGCAGUUCAGGACCUCAGCCCUCUGACGCUCACUGUGACCCGAGACACUUUGACCCCGGUGCAGUCCUCAAAAGUUCCAAGAGUCAUAUAAGGUCAGUUGCAAUCCUUUAUUAACAAUUCUGUGGCCAUCUGGGAGGAACUGCUUAUGGCUUGGGCCUCUGACCGUCUCCUGCCUAAGGACCCCAUGGAGGACAAGGCCGGGACUCAAGUCUGUCAGGAUCAAAUGUGCCUCUGGUUAACUAUGGAACUUAACUAUUUUCCUUCCCUGGUGACCUGCACUCCAGAGAUUAGAAGUUCAGCCUUACCUGUGAGAGCUCCUGACAUCUAAAGAGAGCUCUGAUUCCUCGUUUUCCUCACGGACUGCCAUUGAGUCUGCCUGCAGCAGCCAGCUUCCUUGAGGAACGUGUCUUCUGGCAUUCAGGGCCCAGAGGACCUCAAAAGAUCUGAACUAUUCUCACUGGGUGAUGCUCCAACAUAAUUUUUUAAAUGACCUACAUUGAAUGUUUACAUGGAAUCAGGGAGGAAUAACACAAAACACAAUGGAGCAUUGGUGUUUAAUCUGUAGAGCUGGGGAAAAGGUCAAGCCCUAAUAUAUGCCUGGCAGUGCAGUGCUGUUCACAGAUGGUGGUGGGUGCUGAUGCCGUCUUCAGGUCCCAGUGAUGUUUCUGUGUGUGUGAGAGAGAGAGAGGGAGAGUUUUACUUAGAAAUAAAGUCCGAUGCCUGGA